AUGACGGCCCUGCGAAAAAUCAUUGGCCAAAGCAAUAAAAGACUGACCCUGGUAUGCCGAUUUAAUUUUUUAAUGCGCGAUGAUCUGGAAGCCCAGCAGGCACCAUCGGGUGAGAUGUUCGACUCCGUGAGCCAGGUUCCAACGAGUGAGCAGCGACAAGCCAGGAAAGAACAGGGAAUAAAAGCGCAGAUCGAGUAUAAUCGACCAGUUGAUUGGCAAGAAUAUAAUUCCAUGUACGCCGUAAGCCGUGCAGUUCAGAUUGCUGGGAUCGCUAUCCGUGGUCGCUAUCAUCGUUAG